UUCAAAUUCAUCUGAAACUGUAUGUAACAAUUAACAACUCAGUAUAAAACCACUAAUGUUUUACUUUAAAAGAUAAUAAUAAUUUUUCAUUUCACUCUAAAACGGUACAACAGAAAAGAAGAUUUAUGUGAUGAAGUAGGUAAAUUUAUAAACUAGUGAACUUGUGGCAAGCAAAUUAUUCAAUUCUUGUUAGACAAAUAUGUACUCCCAGUACCUAAAGAAUUAAAAAAAAAGAGCAAGGGAAUAAAUGGUUGGGAAAUGAGUUAAAUGCUCAGACUUUACGAAAAUACGAUAAAACUUGCAAAAAGUAACAAGACAUGUUGGGGAGAUGAGUCAAGAAAAACCAUAAAGACUUGCAAGAAGUAUAUAAGACAUGCUGGGGAGAUGAGUCGAACUCGUGUGCUCGAACUUCAUUGUUGGAAUAUUGAACUCAGAGACUUAACUGUGCCAACAUUUGUAGUUGAAUUGUUUUAGCGCCACAAGUAUUUUUUUUUGUUUUCCAAAUGUUGGGGAUCCAGGAAGUUCGGGAUCCUUGUGCUAUUGGGCAGUUUGCACGGCCUAAUAGUCGGGUCUAUUAGUUAAUAUUCCAAAUUGCAUGUGUUAGAAGUGAAUCGCGUAUCGAAUCAAGUCUAAAGAUUGGGAUCACGGUAGAAUAAUCUUAUAUUGCUGCGAUUUUUUUCUUUAACGGUUAGGUUUGUAUGUACGUUGAGGCGUUGCGCAAAUCACUAUGAGAGGAAACUAUUAUGAAAUAGAAAUAUUUGUGGGGAUAUAUGUUAUAUGGCCACAGAAUUGACAGAACUCAAGCGGUGCCACGUGGCGCUCUCCCUAGUGAGUUUUAGUCCAUGUAAUCCAUGUACAAUAAAAAAUUAGAAAUUGCAUAGUAUAGGUUUUGAUCCCAUGACCUCAAGUUCAUGUACUAAAGUUUUAACUACUGGACCAAGUUGUAUUUAGUGUUAUAAUAUCAAAGUACACUAUUAAUAAAUGAAAAAUUUUCUUACCCGGAACAUAGUCCGGGCCUAAUAACUAGUUACCAAUUAAGACCCGUUUGAUAAAAAGUGAUAAAUGAUGGGAAUGAUAGUUAUAAUUACACACAAAAUCUCACUGACUUUAUCAUAUACACUGAUAUGGAGGCAUACUGUAUAAUCCUAUAUUUUGUUCAAUUAUCACACAAAAUCUCACUUACUUUAAACAACGCUUCCUCAAGUCCAGAACCCUCCUCCCCUCAAAAAAAAAAAAAAAAAAAAAAAAAAAAAAGUCUAGAACCCCACUUACUUUACCUUUCACAGUUUCACUCCAAAUUCCGACCUUCAGCUGCUAGUGAACAGCCAGUGUAAAACCCCCAAAAAUUAGGGCAACGAGUUUUCUCCAUUCUCCAGAAAUUUCCCCUCUUUUUUCUCUAUACCAUCAAAUUCGAGCUUGCUGCAUUAUUCAAGAUGAGUACAAUGAAAUUUUGCCGCGAAUGCAACAAUAUUUUGUACCCAAAAGAGGAGAGAGAACAGAAAAUUCUUCUUUACGCUUGUCGAAACUGCGACCACGAGGAGAUGGCUGAUAACAAUUGUGUAUACAGAAAUGAGAUACAUCAUGCUGUUGGAGAGCGUACUCAGGUCUUACAAGAUGUAGCUGCUGAUCCAACUCUUCCCCGUACUAAGUCUGUCCGAUGUACUCAAUGCAAUCAUGGAGAGGCUGUCUUUUUCCAGGCAACAUCUAGAGGAGAGGAAGGUAUGACAUUGUUCUUCGUCUGCUGCAACCCAAGCUGCGGUCAUCGCUGGAGAGAUUGAUCAAUAUCUCAUCUUAUGCUAAUGUUUUCUGCCCUGACCAAUUGUUCCCGAUAUGUAUAUUUGAAAACCAAGAGCAGAACUAAUUUUGUUGGUCUUAUGAUUUAGCAACAUGAAGCUGUAACGUGGCUCUGUGUUCCGUAACAUAGUUCUUGCUGGUACACUUUUUAAUUGACCUCGUUAAUUGGCAUCGAUUAAACAGUAGAAACCCAUGUUUAUCGUACCAACCUAUGGAGUAAUGAAUUUAGUGAAUCCAUCAAGUGUGUUUGUGCAAAGUCGAAUUAAGGUAGAAAUGUUCACUUAUUAAUGAAACAAUGUUGAGGGACUCAUUUGAUCUACGUCUAAUAUAAUAAACUCUGUGAACCGGAGCUGCACUUGGCUUGUUA